AUGGGCACGAUUUCACAAGAUCAUGCAAAGUUGGACUCAGACACAAUUGCAGAUGCCAUUAGGCCAUUGGUCGAAGCAGACCCCUCGAUAAAGGUGAAGUCUAUUAUUGCAGAAGUUCAAGGCAAGUUCAACUAUACUACUCUGCCAGUAUGGUUGAAAGCAAUGACAGUGAAGAUGCCAAGGUCUCGUGUUCAAAUUAAAAUGCUCCCCGUUUACCGCGAGAGUGAGGAGGUUCAAGGUGUAAGAGUUCUGCACCGUGUUUUUUGGAGCUUCUAUCCGUGUAUUGUAGCAUUCAGACACUGCAAGCCACUGGUGCAGGUUGAUGGCACGCACCUGUACGGAAAAUAUAAAGGAGCACUUCUCGUAGCGGUUGCACAAGAUGGGAAUCAAAACAUUGUGCCUAUUGCAUUUGCGAUUGUCGAGGGCGAGACAGCAGACGCGUGGGAGUUUUUUCUAACCAAUUUGCGGAGAUAUGUUGUUACCAUUGAUGGUGUGGGUAUUAUUUCUGACCGCCAUACCUCCAUCGACACUGCAAUAGCUCGCAGUAACGGUGCAUGGUCACCACCAAGGGUGUGGCACAUGUAUUGCAUCAGGCACAUCGGGUCCAACUUCUUAAGGAGGUUCAAGGCUCCAUAUUUGCACAAACUGAGUGGAGCACAUGAACAUAUGGGGUUCGAGGCCAUCCGGAAUCCCCACUCCCAUAUAUGGCCGCCAUAUAAACUGCAUAAUAGUUACCAAGAGGUCGAUUAG